CUUGGCGCUUUGACGCAUACGGACUACAACUCCCGAGAAGCAACCCAGCGGAAGGACCAUACUGCGCAAGCGCAGACCAAACGGUCGCGCGGAGGAUUUGAGUUUUGUUUGAAUGGCUGAAGACAGAGUGGAGCACAAUAUUUACACGUUUUUAGCAAUGUAGAAAUGGCAGCAAAGCUAAGCCUGUCGGGGCCGCAGAGUUUAGACCAGUCGUCUCUAAGCGACCAGUCCGUGUCCAGCAGGAGUAACAACAGGAGUCUGAGAGUCGCAGAGAAGGAGAGGAAGAAGAGCGAGGCGGAGGACCCGUUUGUUCUGGCCCUCAAGUACUUCUCUGACGUUGAAGCAGGUACUCCAGUGUAUGGGAAUGAUGAGGUUGAGAGGAACCUGGUGCUGGUGGAGAAGGUGGCCUACAGUAGAGGACUUUCCCCGGAGGCCAUCUCUAUUAUGCUCGAGUUUGCCAUGAGCCUCCGUAUGGGGACGACUCUAUGUGCCCGGGUGCUGAAGUGUCUUAUUCCUGCCUCGGUGGUGCCACAGGAGGCUGUUGUUCGAGCGGUGGUUUGGCUGGGGGUUGGAAAAAUACCCCUCAGCACACAAAUUCUUUUCAUAAAGUGGGUGUUGACCGUGUUUGACAUGAUUGAUGCAAAGGACCAACUUCGGGCUGUCUAUGGCUUCAUCUUCAGCUUCGUCACAGAGGAAAAUCUGUGUCCUUUUGUCUGCCAUCUGCUGUACCUUUUGACCAGAAAGGAAAGUGUGCGGGUCUUCAGAGUCAGGAAGCUACUGGAGCUACAGUCUCGACUGGGGAGGCAGCCGUUCCUCUUGAGCCUGCUGUCACUUUACAAAGUGUUUUGUCCUGAACUGGUGAUGCUCUCCAUCCCAUCACGAAUUAAGAGUGGGUUUAGAAACCACAACAUGCCCUGGAAAUCAGCGCUGAUUGCUGUCCAGAGGAGGGACGGUGCCCAGGUUGCCUCCAGCAUCAGUCUGGCCUCCACAAUUAAGACCAACCCCAGGAAAAGGAAACACUGCCACCUGGAAUUGCCGGUGUUGACUUCUGUAGUCAGUAAAGAGGCUCAGACUGAGCCGUCCUCCAGCAGAAAGGUGGUCCCUCUGGUGCAGGUCCACUCCUUUGCUCAGCUCCUGGAAAAUAUGCAACGGAUAGAGCUGCCUGCUCAGAUGGGCUCACUGCUGGGCUCCAGUCUGGCACUGCAGUACCUGGACUGUGUACAGGAUGAGUCUGCCCUCCUACGCCUCAACUUCUGGCUAGGCUACGCGCUCCACGAAGAAUUCUUGUUCUGUGGCGAUGGAGGAGCCUCCCAGAAUUCAGAAGAAGCUCUGCAGUUUUUGAACAAGUUGCUGUCCACACAGCACUUUCUCCAGGAGGGCUUUUCCUGUUCAGAGGCGUUUCUCUACAAAUUUCUCAAUGUUUGGGACGGUUCCCUCCUCCGCCCGCAGAUCCUUGGCCUGCUGAGCAACAUCCCUGUUGUCCCCAGUUCCCAAAUCAGACGGCUUCUGUUUGAGCCCCUCAUGCAGCUCUUCUUCACAUCCUCACUGUUCUUCAAGUGCGGACUGAUGGAGUGUCUAAACAAUAUGCUACUGAAGUGGCUGACCUGGCACUCGGUGUAUGCCCUGGAGGACGACUUGGACAUCAGCCUCAACAGCCACACCUCCAUAAACAUGACUCUGUCAGGGUUCAAGGAUUCGGUGAUGGAACUGGUUGACUUUGUGGGUCGGCUGGCCUCUCUGGGCCUUCAGCUGGAAGGCUGCCACUCUCUCCUCCUCAGCUUCAUCCUGGACUUCUAUGAGACGGUGUGUGACACGUUUCUGAAGUACGGGCUCCCCCUCGUGGUGAUGCCUCCACCUGGAGUGUUUUACCCAGCCCUGUUUGCCACUGACCCUGUUAGCGUUGACAGGCUGGCCUACAUCAUGUACAGGUACAAGGUGAACUUGACAUCAGCCAAGAGUCAAGAAAAACUCACAGAGCAGGCCUUUCACAUCAGCCGUCAGACCUUCCGUGAGUUCAACCAUUAUGCGGUCGUCAUGGUCAACUGCCUCUGGAACUCCAAAAUGUUUCAACCGGACACGGGUAUACAGCUGGGAGAGGAGCUGCUGCUCAAGAGCAACGUGCCACAAUACUGGACGAGCUUCGACCUCAUCCACCACCCUGCCUUCAUGAGCUACGCUGUCGACUUUCACCAGAGGUGUUGGCCGGGGAGAAAGGACAUGGACCUCAAUUCCAUAAAGCACGCCAAGCCGUGGAGCUGGUACCUGGAGUAUUUGUUCAGUCAGGGUUAUGACGGCCUUAAACAGUUUGUUCAGAGCAACAUCAGCCGGCAACUGACAGCCGGCGACGGGCAGGGCGACAGCCAGUCAACAUAGCAGAGGUAGACACUCAACUCAGUGGAGAGGAAAACAAACACUUGUAUCUCACCCUUUUUUUUAAUAGACUUGUACAUACUUCAUCACCUCCAAGAGAGCAAGCGAUCCGAGUAUCUUUUUAUGUACAUAGAUGUAUCUGUGUUUAUUAUGUAUUUUUACUUAUAUUACUCUUCGUUUAAGGAUAAUACACCAUAACACCCUGGUGGCCAUUUGCCAGAAGCGUUGUCAGUAGUGUGUUUAAGUUAGCGGAUCAUCGGUAACGCGCAUACAUCGGUCAAGUCGGUGAGAAAUAUCCACAAAAUCUUUUUACAGCACAGAAAUAAUUUCUGAUCCAUAUAUAAGUUGACAAGAUAUUUAAAAAAUAGUAAGAGUAAGAAAAUUUCAAAUGAUUCCUUUUCAAUAUUUUUUAUUUUCUUUGCAAUAAAAUCAUUCACUUUGUUUAGCGUCGACACACCGACCUUGAAAACUGCUUCUACAUUGUAACAUUUCAUUUUUUGUGUUGUAUUCUUGUACAGCUUGCCAUUUGAAAAACCUGACUCUUGCACCUUGUUGAAAAUAAAUAAGUGUAAGACUUUUACUUUAGAAGCAAAUAAAAAUCAAU